AUGGCCAAGGAAAGUAGCAACAACGGCAUUCUUGCGCCUAUGACCAAACGGAGAUUCCUUUCCAAGCCCAACGAGGUAGGAGUAGUGGCGGUUGGCUUUGCUGGCGGGCAGUCCAAGCCGGGGGUGGAUGCAGGUCCUACCGCGCUGAUUGAAACAGGGCUGCUCGAGCAACUCCACGAAGAUCUAGACUACAAAGUCUCCUACGACAACACAGUGAACACCUACGACGACAUCGUCCCAACCACGGACCCGAACUUCCGCGGCAUGAAGAAGCCGCUGGCCGUCAGCGCCGCGACGGAGAAGCUCAGCCAGCAAGUCUAUGAGCACGCGCGCGAUGGCAAGUUCGUCCUAACCCUUGGUGGCGACCACUCCAUCGCAAUCGGGACUGUGUCGGGGACCGCCAAAGCCAUUCGUGAACGGCUGGGGCGGGAGAUAGCGCUGAUUUGGGUGGAUGCGCAUGCGGAUAUCAACACGCCCGAGACAAGCGGCAGUGGGAAUAUCCACGGGAUGCCUGUGGCCUUCCUGACGGGUCUGGCGAAGGAGGAGAGACGCGAUAUUUUCGGGUGGUUGGAGAAGGACCAUCUGGUCAGCACGCGGAAGCUGGUGUAUAUUGGCCUACGCGAUGUGGAUCGCGGGGAGAAGAAGAUUCUGAGGGAGAAUGGGAUUAAGGCGUUCAGUAUGCAUGAUAUUGAUAAACAUGGGAUUGGACGAGUUGUCGAGAUGGCGUUGGCGCAUAUUGGAUCUGAUACCCCAAUCCAUCUCUCGUUCGAUGUGGACGCCCUCGAUCCGCAGUGGGCUCCCAGCACAGGAACCCCCGUCCGAGGAGGGUUGACUCUCCGGGAAGGGGAUUUUAUCGCCGAAUGCGUUCACGAGACGGGCAACCUAAUUGCGAUGGAUCUGGUUGAGGUGAACCCAAGCUUGGAAAUCAUUGGUGCCAAUGAGACCAUCCGGGCAGGCUGCUCUUUGGUCCGUUGUGCAUUGGGCGACACUCUUCUCUGA